ACGCGACUACAUCAAAAUAAUUCGCGUUGGCCCGCGUUGCAGUCUGUAGUGCAUUGCACGUCAACAAAUUAUUCACGAUCAACAAACGCACAGCAACGUCAACCUUUGCCAUCGACUUCAACUCCAGGCACUUAGUAGCUCUGUGAUGCUCCGCGACAACUCUGUGGUGUUUAACAAGUAGUGACAACGAGAAGAGACUCUUCAACCGCGAUUCUUUUCUCUUUACGCUACAGUUUAACGGUUUAAUUAGUAAUCGUUGGAGUACAAGUGUAAAGUGAGCAGGAAGAGGAUUUGGUGGUUUUUAAAGUCAUGAUAAUGUGAAUCAGUUCUCGCGAUAUGGUAGUUGCUUAUCACUGACAUAAUUGACCUCCAAUUUCAUAUCAGCUGCUUCCUAGAGUAACUACUGUACAAUUUGUGACGAUGUUUCUGGGAAUUCGAAGGGCCAUGUGAAUAAACAGAUUGAAGAGGAUGGCUAGUGGAGCCCGGCCUGGCUCCCUGGUACCUCCCAGAGUGAACGGAACGGCUUUCCCAGGUUUGGUCCUUCCUCCGGUGCACGAUGGUCCCCACGUCGAAAGCUGCACACAUGUCGAUACGCACUACGACAUCAAAGUCGCUAUCGUUUUCGCCCUUUAUAUUAUUUUUGGAAUAUUAUAUACUUUUGUAGGAUAUCGAUGCUUCAAAACCGUAAUGUUUCUGACAGGAUUUAUUUUUGCAUCCAGUAUAGUUUAUUUAAUUUGUCAACAAGGAGAUCUCAUGCCGACAUAUGGAAAUGAAGGUGUGUCAUUACUGGCCGGUGUCCUCUUCGGUCUAAUCACCAUGUUGGUGCAAUACGUGGGUUUGUUCAUGAGCGGUUUACACACUGGCGUCUUAUUAGGACUUGCAGGACUCUUCACGGCGGACCACUUCGUGGAAACAUCACCCAAAGGAUCUGUAUGGUUAUGUGUAGGCGUAUUGUUGUGCUCGGCGCUGACAGUUGCUAUUUUUAAUUUAUAUUUUAGAAAAAGUCUCACAAUACUUGGCUCAAGUUUAUACGGUGGAGCGACAUUAUCUAUAUCUAUUGAUUACUUCGUUGAAAAGUUGUCGAUGGUUUCUUGGCUGUGGCAAAGGGUGUCUCUGCGACCUGUUCAACCUCCACCAUGUUGGUUCUCUUGGAUAGUUCUCGGAGCUUGGCCCUCGUUCGUGCUCGCUGGAUUGAUCAUUCAGUUCGGAAUUACUGGAAGGGGCAUUCAUCAUGAUGAUGUGAAAGCCGGAAGAAAGAAGUCCAGAACUGUGAACACGAGGGUUCUAACCAGAGCUGAGAGGGCUGAAAUGAAGCAGAAAAAGUAUAGAUACCUGUACCAAGUCCGUACUGCUCAUGGUGAUGUGAUAAGUCAGAAUUUUGUGCAGCAACUUCAAAAAAAGGAUAACAGUGAUAGUCAAGGUGAAUGCAGCACACUGCAGUCCGAUGCCACCCAUCUCACAAUACUACCAGACACUCAACUGGCAGCUUUGACGGAGAGCGAGGAUGACAGUCAGACAGAAAUAACCGCCCGACGAUGAAAAAGAUUUUCGCCACAUAUUUCCUUUCCAUUUAUCAGAAAAUGCUUAGAUCGUUUUUAAAGUAUUUCAAGCUUUAAGACAAUAAGUAAAGUGAUGUUUUUGUUUCAUGUACUAGGUGUUUCAAAAUAAUCGUUAACAUGACUGAGUAUACCCACAAAACAAAAUGGUGUUUUGGAAUAGUAUGUACAAAGAGUCCAAAGUUGGGCGCCAAGAUGAUAUCGAAAGUGAGCGACUUGAUGAGAGAUAUAAACAAAUACUUAAAAAGUUAUUUAGAAAUAUAUACUAAAAAAGAUUUGACACGCUAUAUUCUGUAAGAAUUACACAAUUCUUUUGUUAUUUUCGACAAUUCUGCUUUAUCAAUAACAAAGAGACAAAACGAUAACAUUGUCAGGGUAUCUGAAUGCCUUAUGGGUUUCAGUUUUGUACGUUAUUUUAUUAAUACAUGGCACUGUUUGGCUAGAUUAUUCUUCCCAUUAUCAGGGCCGGCGAUAACGGGCCUGCCAGCGAUCCACUGGAGAGAGAGAGAGAGAGAGAGAGAGUUUGUAUUUCUUUCUAAAACCGAAGUUCCUUACAAGUACAAGAAGAAUAAUAAAAUAACCGUCAACCUAUGUAGCACAUAAAUAUACGAGUAGAUCAGUUUAAAAACUAUCUAUUAAUCAGCAUGAAAAGGAGAGUAUUGGGCCAUAAUGUGGUUCCGAUAAUGACAAUAAAUGUGACAGAGUUAAUGCAUUAAAAUUAAAGGUGGCCUGAAUGAAGCCAGAAAGACCACAAAUGGUCCUGUUAAAAACAAGUACAUUGUAUAUUGAAGACCACAAAUGAGACGAUAUAAGACGAUUAUAUAAGUUGUAUCUAAUAGAAAUUUUGAGAUAUAAAAGAGAUAUCAGCAGAAUCGGUAGUGACUUUAGAAAAGUGCUAAUGAUAACGAUUUCUUGCAUUUGUUGUAGAACAAAUUUCUGGGCCGAAAUUUAUAAAAUUUGUAUUAAUGAGGUAAUCAAUUCUGAAUAGUCUUUUUUCUGGAGCUAUCCUUUUACCAGUGGUUUAAAAUAGUUCUAGCGUGGUGCGUGUUUUGCAGUAUACCUUUGUUAUAUAACAGAUUAUCAAGAUUUGACAUUAGAUAGAGAUGUGAGAUUUUUAAGAUAAAAAAUAGAGGAUGUUUAAGUCAAGAAAAGCAGUAAAACAUAACCUAAAUAAAACUUUGUUUAUGUUAAGUAUAUCAAACGCCAAUUAUAGUUAAGUUUGGUUGCGCAGAUUUUAAAUUUUGCACAAUGGAACAGUGACGGACGCAAUAAUAUCAGAUAAAAAAGGCUGACUAACACUUAGUGGCACUUAGUAGUAACGAACAUUCGCUGAUACGCUACUGAAUGAAUGCCGAACUUCCAUUCGUUUAACAGAUAGGAGAAGUCAGGUAACCGGAGCAGAAAAUAAAUCAUUUUGUGAAGUCGUUAGCUAGAAAUAGCCCUAAUUUACUUUAUUAUAAGGUUCUUUAUAUAUAGUUUUACAACUCUUACCCAAAAAUGUCGAGACCAACAAAUAGAUCUUUUCAUCGCAUUUAUAGACUAUGAGAAAGCUUUCGACAAAGUUAAACGUAAUAUUCUCAUGAAAUAUCUAAACUGAAAAGGACUCUACAAAAAUGAUAUAACAUACUGAAAAAUCUCUAUUGGAACAAAUAGGCUGUGGUAACAUUAGAUGGAAAUAGCACGGAUGUGCAACAGAUAAAUAGAGGAGUGAGACAGGGCUAUGUACUUUCACCAUUACUAUUUAAUAUAUACUCCGAACAGUUAUUUACACAAGCACUUGAAAACUCUACUGAAGAGAUCAAGAUAAAUGGUGAAAAUAUAAAUAGCAUUCGUGAUGCCGACGAUACAGUCAUUACCGCUGAAAGUGAAAAAGACCUGCAGACGCUACUAAACACAAUUUGUGAUACUGGGGAACAGUUUAGUUUAACAAUAAAUAUAAAAAAACAAAAACCAUGGUUAUCAGUAAAAGGGGUAAAGUGAUAACAAGGAUCCAGAUAAAAAUGAAGAUAUUGAACAAGUGGACAAAAUGAAAUACCUACCCUAAAUCCGAAAUCAAAAAUUCGAUCAAGAAUAGACCAAUCAAGAGCAGCAAUUUUGAAGAUGAGGAUAUUUCUGAGUAACCAAAGUCUCAAUCUGCAAAUCCGAUAUCGGAUGGUAAAAUGUUAUAUCCACUCUAUUCUUCUUUACGGUGCCGAUGGACUGUUAAUGUUGACUUAAUGAGAAAGCUGGAAGAUUUUGAGAUGUGGCUUUUUAGGAGAUUUUGAAAAUAUCACGGACCGAUCAUAUUAGGAACGAAAUGAUGUUGCACAGAAUGGGAAGAAACAGAGAACGUUGGCCACCAUUAAAAGGAGAAAAACAGCUAAUUUGGGGCACAUAUUUUGUAACGCGGUUGUUGCGUUGUUGCUCCAGGUAACUAAAUCAGUCGAAGAAAAGAGUUCGCUUUUUUUAAGACAUUUUUAUUUGGAAUCAAAACAUACAGCAGAUAAGAUAAUUAGCCUUAAUUACUCGUUAAUUUCGUUAAUAAAAUAUAUUUAUAAUCUACGCAUCGAGCUUUCUGUUCGGGCCGAUGUGACGAUAUUUUGUACAUGAAUAAAUGAUUUUGACGAUCGCGUGAAAUAGGAACUGCUUUUAUUAAUACGACAUAAAUGUAUAAGGAAAGGGAAGAAAGGGAAUCUCGCUCAGCUCGCCAGAUGAAAAGACAUAUUAGGGAUAUACGAUCACCGCUCGUAUAAGGAUAGAUAAAAGGAUAGGUAAGAGGAAAACUGUCGGAUUCGCUCAGCUCGCCAAAACGACAGCGGAGAAUGGUCGGGAACUACUACCUACAUAAACUCACCUCUUAUACCUCGCUGUUGUUUAUUAUUCUUCGAUCAACGCUCCAAGAAUAAUAAAUCAACUAGGGGUUCGAUCCGACUUUUAUAUCGUCCAAGACGGUACAAAAACACGUUUUACUUAAUUCAUUGGCGUACUCUUGACGAUAAAAUUAUCUCAUCGUCACAAUUUAGAAACGAUAUGUACGAGUUAUUACAUCUGAUUAUGAAACGUAAAUUCGAAGGAAAAAGGGGCCCUGGCUGAAAAACGUUCGCGACUAGACCGGAUUAAACACAUAGACACUUUUAAGGAAAGCAGAUGAUAACGACGAAUUUGCAAGGGUUAUAGCCAACCUUAAGGUUCUUGAACUCCUAUAUGGAGCAUAGAGAUUCACUGAAAACGCGGUAUCGAGUUCUACUUUAUUUUAAGACUCUUUUAUUCCUCAUUCGCAUUCUCAUUUAAUAAAAGUUGCGUUGGGCAAGUUAGAGUAUAAGGAUGGCAUUAUCGUUUUGUCUCGUUGUACUUAGUUUGGCUUCAAAAGUAUUUUGUUUUAUAUUAAGACAAUAAUAUGGAUAAUCUUGUCUAAAUUUUAUAAGAUAUUACGCGGGAUACUUAGGUUAGGUUGUGGAUAAGAUAUUAAAGUCAAACAGAGUACUUUUCUAUAGCUUUUCAAAAGCUACAAAGUCGAACAUUUCAUUUCAGCAGAUCUGCUUAAAGUUUCGAAUCUAAAAUAUAAUUUACUAAAUAAUUGAAUAUUAGAAAUCAUUUGUUAUAAUUUUGAGUGAGAACAAUCUCUAUUCUUACCAUAACUUUUUUUACACUGACAUUAGUUAUUUUCUACAAUUAUACCAACUGAUCUGCCGCAAGAGAUAACAGUAGGUACAAUAACUGGCGAAAAUAACUCACGAUAAUCAGAAAACGCAGGAUUGCAAUAAUUUUGAAAGUUUGUUGUUUUGUGGGCUGUCAGUUCUUUAUCGCAGGAAUUUUCAAAAACGUAUUCCUCCUACUCUAUAGUUACAGAUAACAGGUUGAUCUUAUAGUUGUAAUGUCAAUACUGAUAUUAUAUUUUUUAUUAUAUUGAAGUAAAAUUAUAUUAUGACUUAUUUAUUUUUAUUUUAUGAGGCAAAUUAAAAUAUUGUAAAGACUGAUAUGUUUUUUAGACGCUUAUGACAACUGAAAUGUGUAACAUUUAUUAAUUAAGAGCUGAGCGCUUUCGGCUUAUCUUCAGAGCUAUGGUCAAAUGUUUUUAAAAUGUUUUAAGUACCACUACAAGGAGAGGCAUCUCCUUGUUGGUAACUAUUGACAAAAAAUUCGUUAUGCAGUUUUUAGCAAAACUUGUUUGGAUGUUGAAUUGUUAUAUUUGAGAAUUGUUAAAGGUUAAAAAGACACAUUAAAAUUUUUGAUCAUGGUAGGUAGAACUCAGUUGCCUCUACUUAAGAUGAUGAGUUCUUGAACCUUACCAUAGUCAAAAAUUUUAAUGUGUCUUUGUGAAAGUCCCAUGUGCUGUUCUUGAUGUAUUUUAAGUUUUCACAAUUUUCAAAUAUAUAGUUCUUCCACUAUAACUUUUCUCAUGCGUCACGAUUCAUUUUCAAACAAAUUAAGUCAAAACAUAAAGUGAAACGAACGUCGAUGUGUAUACAGGGUACCAGGGAAGCACUAGUUGCAACCCAAGUGCUAGCUCAGAACUGCUACGAUCAAAGGAAAGAUGUAAUGAUGUGCUUUAUAGAUUAUGAAAAAGCCUUCGAUCGAGUACAACAUCAUAAAUUCGUACAUAUACUAAAACAAAGCAACUAAGAUGGUUUGGUCACGUACAACGUAUGGAAGAAGACAGAUUACCCAAGCAAGUGCUACGAUGGGCACCAAAAGGACGGCGGAAAAGAGGAAGACCUAGGAAAAGCUGGAUAGAAGGAAUCCGUAGGGAAAUCAGAGAAAGAGGCUUGAACGAAGACAUGUGCUACGAUCGAGAGCAAUGGCGAUUGGGAAUCGGAAGACGUUGUAGAACGUUAUGAACCGAUUAUAUAUAUAUAUAUAUAUAUAUAUAUAUAUAUAUAUAUAUAUAUAUAUAUACUAAAACAACUCGACAUAGAUCAAAAAGACAUUCGCUGCAUAGAAGCUCUUUACUGGAAUCAAACAGCUGUCGUCAAGGUGGAUAAUGAAACAACGCAAGCUCAAAAAAUUCUCAGAGGUGUAAGACAGGGAUGCAUUAUCUCUCCACUACUGUUCAAUCUAUAUUCAGAAAGUAUCUUCCAGGAAGCUCUUGAGAUAUGCGAAAGCGGCAUCAAAGUAAAUGGUACCUGGGUCAAUACUAUAUGAUAUGCGGAUGAUUCGGUCUUAAUAGCAGACAAUAUAGAAGACCUCCAAAACCUUCUUAAUAAAAUUGAAGAACAUAGCGAGAACAUGGGACUUAGCAUCAAUAUAAAAAAGACGAAGUUCCUUAUAAUUGCUACUGAGUAUUGAAAUUAUUUAAUGCUAAGGCGUGGAUUAGGAAGAAACUUCAAAUUUUGACUUGUAUACAAGUGCAAUAGUAAGCAAAUUAGUAGGUACCUUUCCAAAUGACGGGACUUCUAUGAAGAUGGCUUUGUAAGCUGAAAGCGCUCAGUUAUGAAUUAAUAAAUUUUACACACUUCAAAAUUACUUUUCUUUUCCUAGUCAUUCAAAUUAAAAUAUAUUAAAAUUUUAAAAUGCUAAAAACAUGUUUAAACAAACAAAAAAUUGCAAAUUAAAAACUCAAUGUCAACUGGAGUUGCCAAAGCCCUACUUCAUAUACAUUAAAGAAAUUCUGUAAUUCGUUAACAAUCGGAUAAAUAUGACUUCUUUGUCAUGAUACUUUGUGUUCAAGAAAAAUGUUAGUUUGCUGAUUUAUUUUCUACAAUUAGUAUAUUGUUACUAAUACACUUCCAGAUAACGAUAUACCUUCUAUUUAGAGCAACCAUUUAAAUAACUUGUUAACAGCACCUAAUAGAUUCAAAUAGCAGUUUGCUUAAAUUUACAGUUCCACGUAAAAAUAUCAAUAACAUGGAUAAGUUUUUGAAAAUAUCCUUAACGUUGGGGUGUAUUAGCGAUGGCUUAAGUAUUGGCAUACACUAAAUUACAAUAAAUGGUUUAUAAGUGAUACAUUAGUUCUGGAUCUGUGAUAACAGAAACCGUUGAAACAAACCUAUUAAUAAACAUGAAUUUCAUUUUUCUGUACAAGCAGAUUUAUUGUACAUACAUAUGCAUUCUCCAUGCAGUUGACACGUGGAUCCUUAAAACAGCAACCGUAAAUAAAUUGGAGGUCUUUGAAAAGUGGAUCUACCGGAGAAUCCCCAAAAUUUCGCAUACCUCAAACUUUUCAACACAGUCAAAGUUAGAAAAACAUCAUAACUAGGCUUAUGUAAAUACUGACAAAUAGUAAGUACCAAUAUGCUCAACUUAUAGUGAAAGGAAAUAUCGAGGGAAGGAGAGGACUAGGAAGAAAAAAACUAUCUUGGCUCAGAAACAUCCGACAAUGGACACGGCUAAAUUUUGAACAGCUAAUAAGAACAGCUGAAGAUAGAGAAGAGUUUGCAAUUGUAGUAGCCAACCUCCAUUGAGAAGAGGGUACUUUAAGAAGAAGUACAUGCAGGUCAUGUUCAAGAUAUUAUAGAUUAUGGCAGUUAAAGAAUUAAGAAACUUCUGUAUUUGUACUGCUAUUAUUAUUAUUAUGGGUCAAUAGUUGUUAUCUCCUCCAAAUUCAAAUUAAAGAACAUCACAUGAUAAAUAUAUCAACAUUGCUUUUGUUAAGAUUGUUACCAUUGUGAAACAUAUUGAAUAUAGCUAAAUACUUAACUCUUCGCUUAGAUACCCCUCUUAUAUCCACAGGAUGUGACAAAAAUGUAUUUAAAAUAUUUUCCUUGCAAAAAAUACAUUCCAAAAUAAGCAUUUUUUGCCGUUUCCUUGUCACAGUCUGUAAAUAUACUGCCAAAAAAUUGUAACAAAUACCUGAUAGUAAAUCAAACUAUUAUAUACGGAUAUGUGUAGACUAUUUAUUAAAAAAAGCCGUAGAACGUUCAGUAUCCACCAAAUAAUCACUAAACAAGGAGUAAAAAUCUUUACAAUCGUGUAGUAAAAACUUUCGAAAUAGCUGUCUUCUUCAGCAGAGGCCACCGCACACAUCUUAUGGAAAAUAUAAUGUAUCUCAAAUGCAAUAAAAUUUACAUGAAUAAUAAAUUCGCCUCGAAAUUACAAUAAUUUCAUAUCAUUGCGCCAACUCUGAAUUUUGAUUAACAACGGCGUAAAUUGAUAUUAAUAAAUCUAAAAUCAAAUGGGUAGGUACGUGAGUUAUAGAGAGAAAAUAGAUUUUGUGAAUCGCCGGUACAUAAAUCUUUCUGCAGGUAUUAAGGCAGAGGCUUACUCUUAUCUUAUAGAUUAUAAAGUAGGUAUAAUUUGGUCAGUCGUACCUAAGUAUAUAGUUUCUCCAAUCGACUUAGCUUACGCUGGAUUAAGCCGUUUUCAAUAGCCACUGUAAUAGUAUUUAUGAAUGACAGUUUUAUAGUCUUCAAAAAUGUGAUUUCCAUAAUUUUAAAUUACAAAUUACGCUGUUAUUAACCAAAAUUCGGAGUUUGCGUAAUGAUAUGAAAUGAUUGUAAUUUCGAGACUAGUAUAUUCAUGUAAAUGUCAUUGCAUUUGAGUGACAUUAUAUUUUCCAUAAGAUGUGUGCGGUGUCCUUUCAUUAGUUCUUAAAUGGUCAGAUUUCACACUUUUUCAAAUAAGUUUUAAAUUACUUAAAGCAUUCUACCUUGACGGCUGCGUAGGUUAAAACUAGUUUAAUCUGUUUUGAAUUGAAAAAGACUGUAUGACUUGUACACACUUCUAAGUAGGUCAAACCGGCAAACAGGUGUAUGUUGCCAAAGAAAUUGAUAGUGUGUAAAAAUUUUUUUAUUAAUCAGCUAAGUAGUUUCAAUACAUUACGUGCCAUCAUCAGAGCUUCGUCCUAUUAUAAAUCCUAGAAGGAACCCCUUAAAAUUAAUAAAUUCACAUUUAAAUUCUUUCUAUUUUAAAAAAGACAACAUAGCUGCGUCAAACCAUUGUGAGUUCACGUGAACUUUUUGAAGUUAUACUUCUUUACGAUUGAGAGUGAAAUUUUGUAAUUCUGGGCGCAUGCGCACACAGACAGUAUGUAGUUCGUUGCUAAUCUUUCAAGUUAUGUAUGUAUCAGCGCAAAUAAGUCAUUAAAAAAAUAUAUUAGUGUUUUUAGUAAAUGUAUUAUUUAUAAUAAUUUUUGUGUCUUUGGGUUUGUCUUCCUCAUUUUUAUACUUCACUUGAUCUAUUUGUCACCGUGAUGUGUAAUUAUAUCCGAGACGUCACGUAGACGGAGCUUGAUAGCUUGGUUGGUAGAGCAUUGGACCAGAGAUCGAGAGGUCCCGGGUAUAAAUCCCGGACGAUUCAUAUUCUUUUUUUUUUAUUUUUGGUAUUGUUUUAAUAAAAAAUUUUUGAAAGUGGUAGGUAAGAAAGUUAGUUUAAUAUUUAAAUAAAAUACAAAUAAACUGUUAAGUAUAUUUAUUUCGUUGAAAUUAUAUAAUAGAAGUAUAACUUCUUACGUGCGUACAAAGUACACACACAUUCUUUUUUUAAAAUAGAAAGAAUUUAGAUGUGAAUUUGUUAAUUUUAAGGGGUUUUUAUACCCGAGAUCUGUGGCUUUGCCCAGUAUCUAUGUUUUUUAAUGUGUUGUUUGGUAAUUGCUCUUCUAUGAAGGAUUUAUAAUAGGACGAAGCUCUGAUGAUGGCACGUAAUGUGUUGAAAGUACUUAGCUGAUUAAUAAAAAGAAAUUUUACACACUAUCAAUUUUUUUGAGAACAUACACCUGUUUGCCGGUUUGACCUAAUCUGGUUUGCCCUAAAUAGUCAAAACUUUGUUAAGGCUGGAAGAAGUAGAUAUAUUUAUCAUCUAAGUCUUAUUAAAAUUUCAUAUUACAGUAGAACCCCGUAAAUCCGAACCCCGCGAAUCCGAACUUUCGGCAAAUCCGAACCAAUGGAAAGUGAAAAAAAUUUAAAAAUUCAAGACAAAAACUUAAAAACACGUUUAUUAUACAGAGUAAAGCCAGAAAAUUGGACAAUGUAGGAUUACUAGGGCUUUGACAUUUAAAAUUUCUUAAAAAUAAAUAUUAUACUUUAAUAUGUAGGUUUAUAAAGUGUUUAUAAAGGUUAAACACAAACUUACUUUGGUUCUCUCGUAGUCAACUUGAGUCCAAAAAUAUUGUCCACACUCUUGCGAGAACGUUUGGCUACACAAAAUCACAAUGAAAGCUUUUAACUACUAGUUAAGGCUAACUUUCGGAUAAUCCGAACUUUUCGGAAUCCGAACAGGCUCUCCCCCCAAUUAGUUCGGAUUUGCGGGGUUCUACUGUAUAUCAGGUUUCACCUAAUUUGUAUCAUUCUUAUUUUUUUUUAAUUCCACAUCUCACUGGAUCUGACUAUUAUUGACGUUUGCGAUACUAUGAGUCAAUGAGACACAGUUUUGAUGAUUUUUCGAUUAAUUUAAAAUAAAGUGUAUAAACUAGCAUCAACUCUCUGUGAAAUUGUAAUAGUACGUAUUCAAUAGCAGCAGUUUAAUAAUAAUGAAAACAGCAACUUUUAGAAAAUUGUUGAUAAAUAAUGGCAUAGGUCAGUAUUCUUCUUCCAGUGCCUAUCCUCCACUCUAUGAAGAUUUGUGUCAUCUUGGUGCAGAUAACUUUAUUGACCGCUGAUCUGAAUAGAAUAUUAGAAGUAAAUCUACUGUUUAAGAUUCUUAAACCACGAAUUCUUCGAAAUCGAAUCCUCGAUAUUUUCCGAUUAAUACUAUACUGAUGUGGUAGUACUUUACUUUAAUGAGAUUAUUUGGUGGUUCUGAGAUUUUUGAACGGCCGAGAAGAUCAAAGAUCUAUAAACGUUCGAAUAUUAAAAAUCUUUUAACUUGAACCAAAGGUUAGAAAUGAAUUAUGAAUUCAUUAUUAUUUUGUUGAAAUAUUUUUUUAUUAUAUAGCACAAGAAAUUAAAAUUUGCUCAUAACUAAA